AUGAUACUAUUAUUGCUCGGCAUUUUAGCGAUAUGGUAUUUAUGGAAUCAGCUGUAUUGGAAACGACGUGGCCUACCUCCAGGCCCGACCCCGUUCGGGCCACUGGGAAAUAUGCCGGAAGUCAUCUGGAAACUCCCUGGGUAUGAAGCGUUUCGGCGGUGGGGGAGGAAAUAUGGACCGGUGCAUACCUUCUGGUUAGGUCCCCUACCUGUCAUUGCCAUCACGGACUACAAGACCCUAAAAGAAACGAUCGUUCUCGAUGGUGAAAAAUAUAGCGAAUUCGACACGGCAGUUGGGUCAAUCACUAACAAUUUGUUGUUGGGGUAUCGCUUUGAUGAGGACCGCCAAGACGAAUUUCGACUUGUGAAAGGCUGCCUCCGCGAAUUGAGCCUAGCUUCUACCAACCCAAUGUUUAUUUUAGCAGCUUUGGUCGCUCCGCUUCAAAAUAUUCAGCCAUUUAAAGCUGCCAAGCGAGAGAAAGUGGAUUAUGAUAGUCCGAGUUCUAGUGACUUUGUUGAAGCCUAUUUGAAGGAAUGGGAACGGAAAAAGGGAACGGACCAGGAAGCCUACUUUUUCGACCUGCAAUUCGGAUCGGUCGUUUUUGACUUAUGGGCGGCAGGCCUCGACACAACCACCAACACCCUCAACUGGGCCGUCUGCUACGUGUUGAACCAUCCAGAAGUGCAAGAAAAACUGCAUGAGGAAUUAGAUCGCGUAAUCCAGGCAGAUCGCAAGAUUACGGUGUCCGACAAGAACAAUCUACCGUAUGUGAAUGCUGUGGUUAAUGAAGUUCAAAGACUGGCUAACCUAUUGCCUCAAAAUAUCUUCCGGUCUACCAAUGCUGAAGUAAAUAUUGGAGGCUAUAAGUUGCCGGCGGGUACGGUAGUGUGCCCGCAGCUUAGCACGGUGCUUUAUGAUGAAGAGAUCUUCCCAGAACCCUACAAAUUCAAACCCGAACGCUUCAUAAAUACCGAUGGCUCCUUGAAGAAAUUCGAAGAAUUAAUCCCUUUCUCCCUCGGAAAACGGCAAUGUGUCGGCGAAGGACUGGCCCGACUUGAGCUCUACCUCUUCGUUGCCAACAUUUUUCAGCGAUUUAAGGUCCCCAAGCCCCCAAAGCUGCAGAUGUGGCUCGUUCCACUUCUCUUCACGAUUGCCUCCUAUGUUAAUGCCUUUCUAAGUCUACAUCACUACACUCAAUGCCUCGUCCGCCCACUGCGUGUUGGUGACGUCAUCACUAUUAAGGGUCAUGUCAUCGCCGGCGCGGAACAAUGGAAGUGUAGCAUCUCGCUGCAGGGCAUGAAUCACGUCAUCAUCCACGCCGACCACCGUAUCACCACCGGACGCGGGAAUCCGUGCACCGUCCUCAAUUCACGCUUUAGGACUGAAUGGGGCGAGGAGUAUGUGAAAGACAUUGUUCCGUUUUCUGGAGGUCCCUUCCAGAUGACGUUUAGAAUCUUGGAAGAGCUGAUGGUGGAAGUGUAUUACAAGGAUGUGGCUUGGCCUGGGACGAGCUAUGCGCGU